AUGAUCUGUCGAUACAAUGGGACGGGCAUGUAUCCACAUUGUAUCCCGUAUGAUGUACUCGAUUCCGAUGGGCACAUCUACACCGCAUUCCGACAGAGGUCGCCACCGUUCGCCAGCUUUCUGACGGAGGAGGAGAAUCUGCGUAUCGGAUGGACACCCGAAGCGAAUGACAGCAAUCUCUACAGAUAUCCGAAGUGCAUCAAGGGGAAACUGCCGAACGAGCAAGCAGCCAUCGUGGCGCAGGAUCGAUUCCUGAAUUGCCGUACAAACCCAUUCUCUCUUCGUGAUCCAUCGGUCUUUGUCAGCCCGAAACUACAGGGAGGAGAUUCCGAUCCGGAGACAUUCACCCGUCUACCCGAUGAGGAGGGUCCAUCGGCGUGGUGGGCGGUGCUCGUCAUCGGAGUGUCGCAGGAAUUCUCAAAAUACAUGGCUGCCUGGGGAGAUAUCCACACGGGUGUUGAUGCCAUUGAAAGGGGCCGAAAAUUCGCCGGGAUGAUCGACACGAUUCUAAACACUGGAGAACCGAUCGGAAAUCUUGUUCUAAAAAGUGUGAAGACGACGCUUGAGCCCGACAGCCCGGAAGUGCAGUUGGGCAAGGAGUUGGCAGUUUGGAUGAAGGAGCGGGACCAAAAAAUGGCAACUAUAGCGCAUAGAACGGGUUUUGUGUGGGAUGAUCAGACGGUCUAUGAUUGGAAUUCGGCCAUCCGCAACCGCUUCAUCCCCGUUGAAACCAUGUUCAAGUUACGGUUUUUACUCCCGGAACCGGCCGACGACCAACAAUAUGUUUUAAGCGCCUGCCGGCGAUGGGACUACUUCGAAAAGUUGCGGGUCAUUCGAAGAUAUUUCGUCGACGCCUGCCCGAUGCCUACUUUAGACAAAGUUCUACGUACCGUCAACGCCCUGAAGGCGUUCAGACGUAUCGAAGUGAAAUCGCCAAAGAUGAUGCCGGAACUCAUGCAAGACUAUCACGUCCACAAGAGCAAAUACAUCCUUAACUUGACCAGUGAUACGGAGCUGAUCAAUAUGCUUCGUCAGGAAAAACCCGAGACCAUCGAGCAGCUCGAGGUGAUCUUCUUGUAUAUGCCAGAUCUUACACUGCUGCCGAUUGGG